AUGGAUAAAGUUGCUUCUGAGACAACUACUACGAGCGUAGAUUCAGACUCAGCUACCUCGACUACGUCGGCAGAGAGUGUUAGUAGUCGCAAGAAAAGAAACGAUGAUUCCCUUCAAGAGGAACUAGACAAGAAGCCCAAGAAAACAUCCAGAAAGAAAGUGCUACCGGGCUCGAAUAGUGGUAAUGGUGGGACUAGCCCUCCCUUCAACAGUACUGGGCACUCCACGGCUCUUAAUCCUGAAGUCUUUACUUCGACCCCAAAGGAGCUCACUCCAUACAAGGCGAAACUUACACGGGAAAAUGAAAUUCUGAAAGCAAAGCUGAAACUUCUGUCCGCCAAAAUGAAGAAUAAAGAAUCAGAGGUGCAUAUUUGCUGUGUGCACACGGAAAGAAAUAUGAAGAAAGGUGCUAAGGGUGACCCUAACAAAGACGAAGCUUUGAAAUCUUUUCGGAAAAUGCUGUAUGCAGAAAAUGAUGAAGACUUUCAACUGGGUUUGAAAGAGUUUAUCAAUAUUGCUGGCAAACCCCUGAAAGAUUAUUUCAUAAGCAAUUGGUUGAACCUAAAAGAGUCCUGGUGCCUGAAAGACAGGGCCCUUGUCACCACACUGAAAAUUCACUCACCCAAUCACACAGAAAGUAAGAAUCAGAAACUGAAAUUGGCUAUGGAUGCGAACACUCCUCUUUACGAUGCAGUUGAUAUUCUAGUCAACACUGUACAAGGGAACCGGAAGGACAACUUGCGGUACAGAGAUCACUUAGCUCUCGCCAAAGAGGUUUAUGUGAAUAAUUGCUCUGACCCUUUGUUUGCACACCCUGCCUGCAAUGAGCUCACAGAGUUUCCUGCAAAGCAGCUUUGUGAGCAAUUUCAGCUAGCUCAAAAGCCCUCACCUGUGUCCCAAAAGUAUGAUACAUCUAGUGAUAAAUGCAGUUGCAUUUAUUUCAAAACAAUGUCUUUGACUUGCAGACACAUAAUGAGGCUUCGGAAGUCAGCUGGUUUGAGUUGGUAUUCCAAGGAUAUUAUUCCUACAAGGUGGCAUAAGGAAUAUAAUAUGGGAUGGUGGAAACAACAUGAUAGCCUCAGCACAGACACACUGACAAUCCAACCAAGAAUGCCUGGUAAAUCUGUCAAAAAAAUUCUGGCACCUGCUGAAAAGUUUCACGAGGUGGCUCCCACUUUGAAAGAUGUCCAGUCUCUUGUUGUAAACAAUUCAGGGACCAUGCAGUUCCACGAACGCCAUCAACUUUUAAAAGAUAUUCAUGAAUCAUGGGCGAAAGGAGAGACUGUGCAAUUGGUCCAUCUGUCUGGUCCAAACAAAGAACCUUUUACUCUGAAAAGUGUAAAGACCACAGGGAGACCCAGGGGCUUACAUGAGACAAUACAUGAUGGGAGCAAAAAAUCAAGCACAUUGAAUAGAAAAUCGAAGGCGCCGCUGAAGCAGCAACUCUUCUGUAGAACUAAACUUCGUAGUCUUGUCAAACAACAUAAAGUUUGUUCCAGUUGUAAAAGAGAGGGAGGAAGCUACCAAUGCACAGUAUGUCAAGACUUUGUUCAUGGUCUCCCGCCAUGCUCUGUUCGUGACUCUCGAGAAAAGUUUUGUCUUGGGAAGGGUCGCCUCUGCAAGAGUUGUGCUAAUGAUAUGGAUGCAUCAGGAACAGAUCAAGGCAAUGAUAAUGCAGACUCUGUGGCAGAAACUUUGACAACAGCAGCCGAUUCCAAGACCAAACAGGAUAGUCUUUCUGCACAAUCCAAAAUCUGUUGCACUUGUUAUCAAGAGGCUGGAAGUCAUCAAUGCACAAUAUGUCAAGAAUCUGUUCAUGCCAUAGAGCCAUGUUCUAUUCGUGACCCUAACAUUGAAGAUAGUUUUGGAAAGGGUCGUAUCUGCAAGAGUUGCGCUGAUGAUAUGGAUGCAUCAGACACAGAUAAAGGCGGUGAUAAUGCAGAUACUGAGGCAGAAACUUUGACAACAGCAGCAGAUCCCACGACCGAACAGGAUAGUCUUUAUGAACAACCCAAUAUCUGUUGCACUUGUGAUCAAGAGACUGGGAGCAAUCGAUGCACAAUGUGUCAAGAAUUUGUUCAUUCCGUACAACCAUGCUCUAUUCGAAACCCCAACAUUGAGGAUGGUUUUGUAAAGGGUCGUAUCUGCAAGAGUUGUGCUGAUGAUAUGGAUGCAUCAGGAACAGAUCAAGCUAGUUAAAUCAUGAAUUACAGUAAUGAUAUUUUUUCUUGGUUUGAUUUGGAUUUUGCUUGAGAAAGUUUUUUCUUGAUACAGGCAAUGAUAAUGCAGACUCUGUGGCAGAAACUUUGACAACAGCAGCAGAUCCCAAGACCAAACAGGAUAGUCUUUCUGCACAAUCCAAAAUCUGUUGCACUUGUUAUCAAGAGGCUGGGAGCCACAAAUGCACAGAAUGUGACAAAUUUGUUCAUGCUGUACGGCGAUGCUCUGUCAUUAACCCUACAGUCGAGGAUGGUCUUGUCUGCAAGAGCUGCUAUGAUGACAUCAUGAAUUUGUCUUCCUCAUCUGAUGAAGAAGGUGAUGAAGAUGAAGCAGCACAGCAGGAACAAGGAAAUUGUCUUCAAAGUGUAAACCUUGGGCCUUUUGGGCACCUAAACCUAAGUCUAGGAAGGGUAAUUCAGUUCAGGAUAACACUUCUUACGUAGGCUUCCAUUUGGAUAAUGAUGGUGAUGACAUCAUUAGAAGUGCAGUAGAACCUGUCGCAGCUAUCAACCCAGUUUCAAGCAUAAAUCAAUGUUGGUUGCAGACGGUUCUUGGGUGUCAGUUAAUAUCCUUUUUGACCCCGUGUAUUUGAAAAUGGUGGCUAGUGACUUUCAGGUAUUACUUCGGUCUACAAUAACUAUGUUAUCAAAACAAUGCAAAAAAUAAUGUUGAGGAUCUGUUUGCAACCAGAUUGGUUUUAUCUUGAAGGGAAGUGACUGUCCUCAUAAGGACUUCAGACAGCCCUUUUAGGGGCUUGACAUGGAUGCAGUCAAGUCAACAAGGUGGUGAGAUGGGAGCAAAGCAGAGGCAAGGGAGAAAGCGGACGCACCAUGAAUCAGAAGAUAUUCUCACCUCUCAGAGUACAAGAAGUGGGCGAACUGUGAUCCCUAAAAAGAUC